AUGCCUCUCACGGUGCCGUCCAAGGCGACGCUCGUCGCGCUGUCGCUGGUGCCCGUGGUGGCCCCGACCGUCUACCUGCUGCUGGUCCAGGCGAUCACGUCGUACUACGUCGGCGCCUCGGCGACGCAGCGGCGCGUGCUGACGGCCAAGGACAAGGACGCCGCGGCGGCCGCGGCGGCCACCGCCGCGUCUGGCGCCGCCACGACCUUUUCGGACGCGACCACCGUGGCCGACACUGUGCCGCCGCACUCGCUGCCGGCCGAGGUGUACGGCGAGGACGCGCCGUACGUGGUCUACUGCGAGCGCGUCGUCUCCAAGCCGGUGCCCGUCCAGCGGCUGACCACGGGCCGCGCGGACGGGCGGCUGCUGACGACGUACCUGCGCGGCACGUUUGGCGCGUUCAGCUGGACGCCCAUGGGCCUCGUCAUGCACCGCAUCGUCCAGGACCCGGCCCUUCGCAAGACGUUUGGCGCCGACCACCUGGAGGCGCUGGCGUUCCAGAAGGACGACGUGGCCUGCGGGCCCCAUCUGGUGACGUACCGCAGCCGCGACCGCGCCGAGCUCAUGACGCAGCCGCUGGCCGACAAGCCGGACCUGGUGGUGCACGCGGUGAUUGUGGCGGCGGUCGAGACGACGGCGUCGGGCGACGAGGUGGUCUUUGUCAACGAGACGUGGUUCUGGCGGCAUGCCAAGGACGAACCGCCGUCGUUGCUGGAGAGCGCGGCGGGGCGGUGGGUGCACAACCUGGUCGGCAGCUGGAUGAUUUUCAAGGGCACGACCAAGGUGACGGCACCGGUGAAGGCGAAGAAGGAGUAG